CAACAAUCAGGUUUGGAUUUUGGAAUCUUCUCUGUUCAGUCCAGACUCUCGGCUUCUUUCGCCCUCAGAGAAAAGUCUCAGGAUGUUUCUGCAGUUACAGGAAUGUAAAAGUUUUUCAGGAAUCCCAGGACUUUCUCUUCUCACUCUGGUGGUGUCUCUCUCCAUCCUCAUGAGUGCUGGUGUCCAGGGUGGAAAGAUCCUGGUGUUCCCAUUGGAUGGCAGCCACUGGAUCAACAUGAACCUGAUGAUCCAGAGCCUCCACGCCAGAGGCCAUGAGGUGACCGUGGUCCGCACUGCCACUAGCUGGUACAUCAAAGAGAGUGCACCACAUUACCGCUCUAUCACUGUCACCCUGCCGGAGGCCAUCAGCUUAGAAGAGGAGGAGUUUUUUGUUCAACUGCUGACACAGACACUGGCAAACAAGAGAGAGGGGUCUUUUAUCAGCGUUGUGAAACUUGGGUGGGAAAUGCUGACCAGGCUGUCGGGGAUUCACCAGCAGGCCAGCGGCAUGGUGGUGCAAAUGUUUGAGAACAAGGCUCUAAUGCAGAGGAUUCGUGAUGCUCAAUAUGAUGUGGUUCUCACGGACCCAGGCUUGCCUGUAGGGGUUCUGGUUGCCCAUGAGCUGAAGCUGCCAACUAUUUAUAAUGUGAGAUGGAUCCUCAGUGGAGAAGCGCACUUUGCGGUCGCUCCAUCACCGUUGUCCUAUGUCCCACUUACAGGACAUAUUGUGUCGGAUAAAAUGACCUUUGGGCAAAGAGCGGUGAAUGUAGUGACCAGCAUCUUCAACAUGUGCAUUUACAGGUUUUGCUUUCGUCCUCACUAUGAUCAAGUGGUGGACAGGUACUUCGGUCCAGAUGUGGACUUCUAUCACCUCCUACAAGGGGCAGACAUCUGGCUCAUGAGGGUGGAUUUUGUCUUUGAAUUCCCCAGACCCACCAUGCCAAACAUUGUCUACAUUGGUGGGUUUCAGUGUAAACCUCCUAAGCCUUUAUCACCCGAGCUGGAGGAGUUUGUUCAAAGUUCAGGAGAGCAUGGGUUCAUCCUGAUGUCUCUUGGCACACUGGUUAAAGGUCUGCCAAUGGAAAUUACCAAUGAAAUCGCUACUGCCUUUGCUCAAAUUCCUCAGAAGGUCAUAUGGAGGCAUGUCGGCGAGCGCCCCAAAAAUCUGGCUAAUAACAUUCUUCUGGUGGACUGGGUGCCACAGAAUGACCUCCUGGGCCACCCAAAGAUGAAAGCCUUUGUGUCCCAUUGUGGAACAAACGGGAUCUAUGAGGCCAUCUACCAUGGCGUUCCAAUCAUCGGUCUUCCUCUACUGUUUGAUCAGUUCGAAAACCUUCUGAGAUUAGAAACACGAGGUGCUGCCAAGCUGGUGGAUGUCACCAAAAUCACACACCAAUACUUCCUGGAAUCAGUACAAGACGUUCUUCAGAAUCCUUUGUACAGGAACAACAUGAAGCGUCUCUCUGAACAGCAUCGGGACAAACCGAUGCAUCCUUUAGAGAGUGCGGUUUUCUGGACUGAAUUUGUAAUGAGGCACAAAGGCGCUGCACAAUUGCGCACCGAGUCUUACAAGAUGCCCUGGUACACAUAUCACUCUCUGGAUGUUGUAUGCUUCUUGGUAGCAUUUCUGUUGUUGCUAACAGUGACUGUUGUGGGCUCCAUACGAUUUAUGUGCUUUCGAAUGUGCUGGAGGAGAAAAACAAAGCAGGAGUAGGAACUCCCGACAUAUAUCUUAUGUCGCUUUUCCACGACACAGUUGUAGCACGGCACGGCUCAACUCUACACAGUUUGAUUCCAUUCCUGUAACACGAGUGGAGUCACCAUACCAGGGUAAACUGGUAGUGACUUGUAAAGCAGUUAUUUUGGGUGUAACUGAAUCAUUAGAAACAGUUGAUCAAAAAGAUUUGUUCACAGAAUCGUUCAGUACUUCCUGCAUGACUGGAGCUACUGAACGUGGUUGUGAUUGGGCUCACAAUAGCCGACUUUCAGCAGUGCUGACGCCUCUAUUAAAUAUUGACAUUUUACACAUUUCCCUUGCUAAAUGUUGUAGAUGAACACACGUUUUCAGUGAUUUUUAAGUCUUUUUAACUACGUCGCACUCACGACUCUUCACUGACGACACUCUCUGACCAUUCAGAGGCUGGCAGUCUGUUGAUGUCACAUUUUAAUGUCAGCUUAGCUUGCUUGGAGCCUCGUCAGAGCAGAUGCGAAAAAAGUACCAAUUACCAGGUACUAUCACGAAUGGAAAAGCAAAAAAACGAGGUCGGGGUUAAGCUACAGCUAAGCUAAACUGUACAGUUCAAAAUACUGCUGAUAUUCUUUGGUCUGCCCCCUGCCUUUCGGACUGUUGAAAUUGAACAUGCUCACUGCACCAACUCAGCCAGUGAUACUACUGAAAGUAGGUGGAGUCUUGCCAAUAAUUAGUGCUGAACACUGUUGAUAAUACAGUCAGCUGCUUGUUUGCUAAUGUAUCGAUAUAUAUAUAUAUAGAUAACAUAUAUAUAUGUUUUCUGUGCGGUACUUCACAGCGCCACUGGGUAAACAGAGCUAGACACACUGUAGUCCAACCACUGGUCGACAGAGACAACACUCAACAUCUUUAAACACUGCGACAGUGAGAGGAUCAAAGGCCAUUUUUGGAGACCUCUUGUGGACAUAUUUGGUAUUAAUCAUGGUGCCAAGUGUGUACAUUCUGUACCUCUUUACGACUUAUUGUACAUUUUCAUAUUCCUUGAGAAAAACCCCAACGUUUCCACAUAACGUGACACAUAACACAAAUGGCGCAUUUCCAUCGGCUCUACUCGCCUCGCCUCGGCACGACACGGCACGAUUAGGUUGCAUCUCCACUACAAAAAAGUACCUACUUAACGUGGGCGGAGUCAUCACUCCACGGCUGAGUGAAACUGCGGUGACUUGUUUUAUGCGGUGACUUCGUUUUAUACACGACACACACCCACCCACACACACACACACACGAGUGACUAGUGACUUUACACCACACUUCUGUAGUUGUUGGAGAUUAACCCACGUUUUUAUGAUUGUUAAGUAGUUAAUUUAUCUACAAUUCGGCACUGUUCGGCUUGAUUUCUGUCCACACGUCUCCGGAGUACAGCCUCCUACUCCACAGACUACAGCGGCAGCGGUCUGUGGCUCUCGAUCAGCAGUGCUGAUCGCCACUGAUCACUACUCCACUUUAAAAGACUCCUGUUAAAUAUAGAGGUUUCCCUGGUAGUUGUUGGAGAUUAACCCACAUUGUUAGGAUUGUUCAGUAGUUUUAAGUGAUCUACAGUUCGGCGCUGUUCGGCUUGAUUUGUGUGUGGGAGGUCUCUCCCUGUGACGGGACUCAGCGGCCGGCAGUCUGACCAAUCAUGGCAUAGUACCUGCUUUUAAGCACGCUUGGAACCUCGCCUGAGCAAGUACUAAAAAUAGUACCUGGUACCAGGUAAUAGGCUAGUGGAAACGCUACUUAAACCGUGCCAUGGAGAGGCGAGGCGAGUAGAGCCGGUGGAAAUGCGCCAAAAUUGAACCAGCAGAGCAAUAAAUUGUAUCAUUAACACGAUAUAUUUUCUGUUUUUUGUGAGCAAAACAAAUGGAAAUAAAGUAGCAUUAUACAAAACACUGGUUAGUGGAACAGUGCCCCACUGGUAAGAGAAUAUAUCACAUAAUAUUUCCCCAAACUGACUCUCUGACACACAAAAUUACAAAAUCUAAAAAAAGGUGAAUAUAUUUGAUAUUUACAUAGACAUAUGUCAAAACAUCUGCACACAACGUUGUUAACUUUCCAGAGAAACAAACUGUUCCUUAAAAUGUUCUUUAGUUUUCAAAAACACAUUUUUUUUUAUUAUAUGAAUA